CCACCCCUCUGCCAUAAUAAACUACAGUACCUUACACAUUUCAUCCACCGGGGGAGACGAGCAUUUCCCCACCUUUGUCUGAACAGGAAUAUGGAAGCCAUCAUGUGGUUUGAAAAGGAAAAUGGUGACCUCUGCCACCUUUCUUCCAAGGCUAAUCGAGGCCCUUCAGCGCAGCUUUCUAAAGGGUUCUUACAAGUGCCUAAAGGAAAAAACUUCUCUGUGGCUAAACCUCAAGCACUUAGGAAGGCACUGGGAAACAUUAACCAACAUGUCCAACCCAAGAAAUCUGCUUCAACAACGGUGGUCAAAAAGGAUAACUUGGUGAAGCAAAGGUGUGAGAAGUAUCCUGAAAUAGAGAAAUGCAUGCCAUAUAACCCUCUGGAUUUUGAAACCUUUGAUGUUCCUGAAGAACAUAAGCUCAGUGACCGCUGUCUUGCUGGUGUUCCGCUCUUAGUUUUAAGGGUUGACGCAAAUAACUCUGAAUCUCUUGACAGUCUUGUGUUUUCACCAAUGGAAAUCAAACCAAUAAACUAUGGCAAGUACCUGGGGUCUAAAGGUUACAAUGCCUUUGAGAUCUCCAGCCAUCUGUUUGAAGACAUCACUAUUGACUUACCUAAUCUUUGA